UGGUAAUCUUAUAAUAGGGGUGGCCUCCUUCUCGCCUGCGUCUUCUCCUCCGUCCGCUGGCUUGUCGUCCUAUCGACGUACUCCGCGAGACAUCUGCUGCAUAUUCUUGGAGCACCGAAUUCUUGCUGAUUGCCCCCUGUCUGAGUGGUUCCCCGACUCCUGGCGAUCCACUCGUUUCUAGACCACCCGUCACUUCCACUCCAAUGUGCCACCUGUGAACGGCCAAUACCUGUUUUCUGAUAACUUUUAUCUUGACUCUCAGUAUUAACCCCACUUCUUCUUAAUAAGGACCUCAAAGGCUUCUUGUCCUUGACCUACAGCCAGCAUGAGGGCGUCUUUGCUGGCAUGGUCAUUCCUUUCUCUCCUUUCCAUCCCGACGUGGGCUACCUCCGCCGGUGAUACUUCUCCCAAGCACCAUCUCGCGAAGAGAGAUGGCUCGACCGAGCCCAAGUCGACUCUCUUCAAUGGCAUCGAGGUUCCGCCUGUCAGGUCUUUGACCCCUGAUGAUUUCGACGAAACCGUUAAGGAUGGUUACUGGUUUAUCAAAGAGUAUUCUCCGUCAUGUCCGCACUGUCAGAAGAUUGCGCCAACCUGGCAGACACUCUAUGAGUUCUACUAUACCUCGGAUCCUCUGUCCUCGUCCUCUGGAAAGUCGUCCGAUACCAAGUCUCUGAACUCUUUCGAUAAAUUCUACAACUUCCACUUCGCGGAGGUAAAUUGUCUUGUGUACGGGGACCUGUGCCGCAAGUUGGAGGUGAAAUACUUUCCCACCUUCGCUUUGUAUCACAAUGGCGAGAUGGUUGAGCAAUUCACGGGAAAGAAGAGUAUGCAAGGGCUGAGCGAGUUUGUCGAAGAGAAGCUGGAACAGAUCAAACCUGGCUCUCGGCCUGCGCAAGGCCUGAACCUGCCCAAGCCGGGCGACACAAGUGUUGAUACCAAAGCUCAACCCGACGCCCCUGUCGCUAAGGACAAAGACCCUGAAGCUGGCGCUAAGGCUGGAGAGAAGCACAAUGAGCAGGCCGCGCAGCUUGCCGCUAGUGAUUCUUCUGUUGUCAAGGAUACCACGCAGACCAAGGCUAAGCCAUCUGGUCCAGUGAACCCUCAGGGCAUUUCUGUCCCUCUGACGGCGGAAAGCUUCCAGAAGCUUGUUACUACUACGCAAGACCCUUGGUUCAUCAAGUUCUACGCUCCUUGGUGCGGUCACUGUCAGGCAUUGGCUCCUAAUUGGCAAGAAAUGGCCAGAGAGAUGCAGGGUACUCUCAACGUCGGCGAAGUAAACUGCGAUGUCGAGACUCGGCUUUGCAAGGACGCCCGAGUCAACCAAUUCCCGACUAUUUAUUUCUUCCGUGGCGGUGAACGGGUUGAGUACAACGGUUUGCGUGGUCUGGGUGAUCUGGUCAAUUAUGCCAACAAGGCCGUGGAGAUCGGCUCCGGAGUGCAGGAUGUGGACGCUACCACUUUCAAGGAACUGGAAGAGAAAGAGGACGUCAUCUUCCUUUAUUUCUACGACCACGCAACGACUUCCGAGGACUUCAAGGCUCUUGAGCGUCUGACUCUUAGCUUGGUCGGACAUGCCAGACUAGUCAAGACCAACAGCGCCGCCCUCGCUGAAAGGUUCAAGAUUUCUACCUGGCCUCGUCUUUUGGUGUCCCGGGACGGCCGCCCAAGUUACUACAACGCACUCGCUCCCAAGGAUAUGCGAGACUUCCGGCAGAUUCUGGGAUGGAUGCGGUCUGUUUGGCUGCCGAUUGUCCCCGAACUUACGGCAUCCAACGCUCGUGAAAUUAUGGAUGGUAAAUACGUUGUACUAGGUAUUCUAAGCCGCAAGCAUUCGGAUGAAUUCCUGCAGUCUAAGAGAGAGCUGAAGAACGCGGCUCAUGAAUGGAUGGACAAGCAGGUUCAGCUGUUCCAGCUGGAGCGCGCCGAACUUCGAGAUGCUAAGCAAUUGCGGAUUGAAGAGGCGGAGGACCGUAAUGACCAGCGUGCGCUUCGGGCUGCCAAAAACAUGCGUAUCACCAUUCGCGAGGACGACAAGAAGCAGGUCGGUUUUGCUUGGGUUGAUGGUGAUUUCUGGGAGCGGUGGCUACGGACACAGUUCGGUAUCGAUGUGGAGAACGGAGAGCGUGUCAUUAUCAACGACCAAGAUAACCGACGCUACUGGGAUACGUCCUCUAGCGGAGCAUCCAUUAUGGCAUCCCGCACUUCGAUUCUCGAAACUAUUCCUCUUGUGGUUGCCAACCCCCCUAAGCUCACACCCAAGUCUACCGUUGGCACUUUUGAGUCGAUCUUCUUCUUCACUCGUUCGUUCAUCAGCGGGCAUCCGAUUUUGUUCGUCAUUAUCUUGAUCCUGUCCAUUGUCGGUGCCACAUUCGUGGCUCGAGGCAGAGCGGCAAGACGCGGAGGUCGAGGCGGUAUUCUCGGUGUUGCUGGGAACUCUAGCGGUGGCUUUUUCAACCUCGAUGGCAAGGAAGGACUCUUGAAUGGUGGUUCCACGGGCAAAGUAGAUUAAAUUGUGAAUCGGGGUGGUGUACAGUUAGCCUUUUUUAUUCUUUUUCUAUUACCCAAUUUUCCUCUUCAAUUAUAUUUUGGUGUCCUUUAUGCUACAAAUCUUGAUGAAC